CUGUCAAGGGCAUCUGAAGCUAACGCUAGCUGAGCCGCUGCUGUUAGCACGUGUGUUCAGAAAAGCUCCAUAGAAACGCAGGUUCGGUGACGACUCCGGUACAACAUGGACGGGUUCGGUUCAGACUUUUCAGCGGGAGGAUCCGGCGGUAAGAUGGACACCGGAACCAUCAUGGAGCAGGUCAAGGUCCAGAUCGCGGUGGCGAACGCUCAGGAGCUGCUGCAGAGAAUGACAGAUAAAUGCUUCAAGAAGUGCAUAGGCAAACCUGGAAGUACGCUGGAUAACUCAGAGCAGAAAUGCAUCGCCAUGUGCAUGGACCGGUAUAUGGACGCCUGGAACACCGUGUCCCGAACGUACAACUCCAGACUGCAGAGGGAACGAGCUCGUAUGUGAACAUCCCGUCACGCUUCCCCUCUUCAGGCUGCUGCUCACAGUGAGGGUCCGAAACCAGCGGAGGUGGCGAGCUGUGCACGGGCGCAUCGUGGCACGCCAUCACCUUCUGUCAUUAUACCUCACAGACAGGCGAGCAGAGCCUGUGGACUUUAGCCAUAACAGCGUCUCUGUGGACAUUCUUUUUUUUUUUAUUUUACACUGAGGAACCGUUGACUAGCAAAGUUUAAUUAUUUGUAUCAUAUAUGUCAGAAUUAACUCUGCGUGUUGGAUUGGAAACUCUAAAAUUGCCUGUUGGAGUGAAAUUCAAGUGUGAAUGUUUGUGAGCCACAGCGUGUCUAUUUCUUGUGCAGACAUGGCGUUCAGCCCCGGAAGAGAAGCAGUUUAGAGGCUGAAUUCUUUGUGUGCCUUUUACAAUCGGGACAUUCGCUACCCAUCAGUGUGAACAGAACUCCUUCCGGUCACUACAGCUGCUUCCUAAAACAAUGUUGGUUGUUUUUUUCAGUCUGAAAACACUCAGCAGGAGACUAAGUUCCAGCAUCCAUACGACUAUAAUAUAAAGAACGCCAGAAAAAGAUUUCCAAUAUGCCAGAAGUACCAGGAUGUUCUACGGCUUCCUGUUAGAUUUUGCUGCAUGCCACAAAUCCUUUGCACAGUUACGUCUCGUGCAAGAAAACUCAAUGUUAUGACAAAGCACGGUGUCCUAGUUGGAUGCAUGAAGCUGUAGUUGAAGUGCAGCUGCAGUAUGUUCUUAAAUUGAAAGACUUUGACUAAAUAUGUGAUUUGGGACGCAGCCGAAACAUUUGCAUCUGCAAAACAAGAAGCAGCACAACCGGAGCCCUUAAGGGACGAGAGUAAAAAGAUCUGCAUCGGGAAGAAUUGAGGAACAACUUGGUGUUUUCACCGCCGUUGACUGUGACAUUCACAGGCCUCCAAACAGUCCUAUAUCAGAGUACAGCCGGAGAACAAAACUGUUUUGUCCGACAUGUUUUCUGGUCGUCACUCUAUCUGCUGCCCUCCACAGUGGUGGGCUUGUUUCCUCGAGGUCUGCCUCGCUCCACACGGGGUUUUGCACCUUUCUCAGCUUUGUGUUCGCGGUUUGUCAGAUGUCUGGGAACCUCGAUCCCUUUCUUCAGCCAUCCCCGCUGCGUUUGUGCAGCGAAGCGAGAGCCAGAAGGGCCUGUGAACAUCAUGUGCAGUGUGACCGGAGGUGUGAUUGUGGGCGAAAAGGAGAGAUUUCCAUGAAAAUAAAAAAUCAAUAAAUCUUGUCAAUCAA